UUCACUCUCUCUCAAGUCUCAAGUCUCAACUAUAUAAACAAUCCAAACAAUAGAUCUCACAGACUCGCACCAAAAAAGAGUUCCCAUCUUUACUUCAAGAAUCCUGUAAAUUAACCCACAAUUCACCAUGUACAACUCCAAAUUCAGCUCAAGAACCCUUCUUCUCCCCUCAAUUCUACUCCUUCUCCUCACUGCUGCAGCAGUUUUUUCAGAAAUCGAAGAUGCUGAUGAUCUGGGCGACAUUGAUGAGCUCAUCGCAAUCGACGAUGAGCAGGAAAAUGGAGAGAAUUCGCAUGCCACAGCAGCCCAUUUCGAAAGUAGAGAAUCUGGGAAGAAAACGGAUGUGCUGAGCAGAGCUCAGAGAGUGGUUCUUGAGCUCAGCGGUGACACCGCGAAGAGGGCAAUUGAGGAGAAUGAGUAUGUGCUGGUGUUGGGGUACGCGCCGUGGUGCGGCAGAAGUGCUGAAUUGAUGCCGAGGUUUGCUGAGGCUGCGAAUGUGCUCAAGGGUUUAGGGAGUAGGGUUUUGCUGGCCAAGAUUGAUGGCGACAGGUACUCGAAGGCGGCUUCCAGCAUCGAGAUUAGAGGGUUCCCAACUCUGUUGUUGUUUGUCAAUGGUACCUCUCGGCCUUACACCGGUGGAUUUUCAUCGGAAGAAAUUGUGUUGUGGACGAGGAAGAAGACGGGGGCACCUGUUAUUGAAAUAAGCUCAGUGGCUGAUGCGAAUGAAUUCCUGAAGCAGCACUCAACAUAUGCAGUUGGGCUGUUCGACAAAUUUGAGGAACCUGAUUAUGGAGAAUUCGUAAAAGCUGCUGCUGCUGACAAUGAAGUUCAAUUCAUAGAAACGAGCAGCACUGAGGUAGCCAAAGUAUUAUACCCCACGCCAACUAAGCCUUUCUUUGGUCUUGUGAAAAGUGAACCAGAGCAUUACACGUCGUUUGAUGGACACUUCAGUUCCGAUGAAAUCUUGCAUUUUUUGGAGAACAACAGGUUCCCGUUGGUUACUGUAAUGACUGAGCUCAACUCUGCUAAAGUGUACUCCAGCACAAACAAGCUACAGGUGUAUGUCUUUGCUGAGGAUGACGACUUGCAGAAGCUUCUUAAGCCAUUGCAAGAAAUUGCGAAGAAGUUCAAGUCACAGAUGAUGUUUGUAGCUGUAGAUAUUAGAGAGGAAAACCUCGCGAAGCCCUUCCUAACUUUAUUUGGUCUAGAAGACUCGGAGGAUGCAGUGGUUGUUUCUUUUGACUACAACAGCAACUCCAAGUAUCUGCUAGAAUCUGACAUAACAUCAAGAAAUAUCGAAGAGUUGCAGGAAUUCUGCACUGGCCUCGUGCAAGGGACGUUGAAACCGUACUAUAAGUCACAAACAAUUCCUGAUAAUAAAAAUGCCAGCGUUCUGACUGUGGUGGGAAAAACAUUUGAUGAGUUGGUCAUCAACAAUCCAGCAAACAUUGUUUUGGAGGUCCACACACCGUGGUGCAUCACCUGCGAAGCCACAACCAAGCAUGUCGAGAAAAUGGCAAAGCACUUCAAGGGGUUGGAUAAUCUGGUUUUCGCAAGAAUAGAUGCUUCAACAAAUGAACACCCAAAACUGCAGGUCGAGGAUUAUCCAACGCUGCUCUUCUACCCUGCAAACGACAAGUCAAAUCCGAUCAAGCUCUCCACAAAGUCCAACAUGAAGGACUUGGCUGCACUUAUCAACAAAAUUUUGAAAACUCAAGAUGGCGCAACCAAGGAUGAACUGUAGCCGAUUGCUGAUUUACCUCCGGGGUUAUACGACGAACAAAAACCGAGAUGAUUUUGUAGAUUGACACAAUUUGUCAACUUAUACUUCAGAGAAACAACAUACAUAUAUAUAUACAUUGCAAUGAGCUGAUGUUUCGCUUUUCUUUUUUUAGUUAUAGAAGUUUGGUAUAUAAUUUUUGAAGAAAUAUGAUUUGUUGGCUUUCAAGAUAUAUAUACUCUUCAUUUUUACACUUA